GUGACGGACUUCCAGCUUCACCGCGUACCGGCACACCGGUUUCCGGUUUUCUCCUGCCAACAGCAAGAUGAAUGUAGCACGGAAAAAGAAGAAAUUUAAUGUGCGCGAUUCUUUCAAGCUACAAAGGGGUGUAGGUGGCUCUAAUGAACACUGUUGUGUGCCACUUUGCUCAGCUUCCAGCCGAUAUAACAGCAGUUUGAGCUUCCACUGCUUCCCUAAAAACACUAGCCUUCGGGUGCAGUGGCUAAACAAAAUUAAAAGGACAGGGUUUUCGGUGACAAAACAUACGAAGGUAUGCAGCCGACAUUUCGAAGACCACGAAAUAGUCUGUACUGCUAAAGGUAGACGGGUACUAGCAGCAAGCGCCGUCCCAUCCUUGUUCGAGUGGAAUAACUUUGAAAACAACGAAACACGGACCAGCGGUUGGAAGCGCCGACCUCGACCAUCAAGUCCGGAACCCGGCUCGGAUGCCGAGGAGGAUCUUGAGCACUGUGAUCCACCCGUCCCGAUGGUCGUGGACCGUGACUGCAAGGCCAGCCCUACUGUGUGUGUGGACCGGGAGCAGUAUGAAAAUAUGUUGAGAGAAAUCGAGGCAUCGAGACAGCAACUCCAGACUUAUCAUCUUCACAGCUCAUUUGGACUCCAGCGGUUUGCUUCCUCGCCAGAAGACAUCCGGUUUUAUACCAGAUUCCCAUCAUACAAUCAUCUGAUGGCAUUUUGGAACCUGAUUGAGGCAGCAACAACCCAAAUGGUAAGGGUGACCAAAGCAAAGAAAAACUAUGUCACUAGCACAACAACUGAAAUCCCUUCAACCAGACCAACUAAACUGCUGCCAAUAGAUGAACUCUUCCUUUUUCUUACCUACGUGUCCACUGGAUGUACCCAGAGGGAACUUGGCCAUAGAUUUAACAUCCACCAGGCAACAGUCAGACAAAUAAUUGUCACCUGGGCCAACUUCCUCUACAGCCUCCUGGGCUCGGUCUGUAUAUGGCUGUCUCCUGCUGCUGUGAAGGUCAAGCUUCCAUCUGAAUUUGAUGGCAUCUACAGUGACACACAUGUUAUCCUUGACUGCACAGAGCUAAGGUGUCAAACACCUUCAUCCCUGCUCCUUCAGAGUGAAGUUUUCUCAACUUACAAGUCCCACUGCACAUUCAAGGCUGUGGUGGGCAUGUCCCCUCAUGGAGCCCUGAUUUUUGUGUCAGCACUCUUUGAGGGUUCCAUGAGUGACAGGGAGGUGUUUCGUCGGUCAGGGAUUACAUCACUCUUAACACCCGACAUGGCCGUAAUGGUUGACAAGGGAUUCUUGGUGGAUGACCUUGUACCUGGGCGUGUUCAUCAUCCUGCCUUCCUCUCCAAGAGGACCCAAAUGCCAGAGGUGGAUGUCCCAAAAAUGCAGUCCAUUGUCCGUUUGAGGGUCCAUGUGGAGAGGAUAAUGAGAAGAGUCAAAGAGAAUAAACUCUUUGAUACCAUUAUCCCUCUCUCCAUCUCAGGGAGCAUAAAUCAGAUAUUCACAGUUGCAUGUCUCCUCUCAAAUUACCAAAAUGGACCUCUGUUUAAGAAAUAGAGAUAUGAAAUUUGAUACUGUGGCUACGACUGCAACUAACUAGGGCUCCAACUAUGGCUGUGCAAUAUGACAAUAUUUAUCGGAUGGAAAUAAUAACAUCUGUCGUUUUGUAUCAUGCUCUAUCAUUUAUAUUGUGGUGUCGCAAAAUUAGAGUUUACAUUUUGUUGUGGAUGUGUGCAACUUUUGUUUACACUGCAGGAGCUGUUUGGAGAGUCUGGGUUCACCGUUCUUGAUCAAUACUGCACCAAUUCAAUCAAUUAUUUACAUCCAAAAACAUUAUCUUGUGUUCAAAAAUAGCAGUUAUCCCUUUUUACAUAUAAACAUAUUGAGUGAUGUGUUCAGAUUCCUUCCUUUGUUUCGUGGUGUUCAUCAUAAAAUUUUUAAUUAGUAAAUUGUCUUUUGUUAUAAUUCAUUUUUUGAAUAUGUGUUUCAUUAGUGAUUAGAAGUUAAUAAAUAAUAAAAUUAUCACAAUCGUGGUCAUACCAUUAAUUUACUUACUAACUAUUUACUUAAAUUUACAUAUUAAUACACAUUUCAUACACCUUUAUAUUUACAGGUAUAAUACAACAUUAGAUUGGAUAUCUCAAUAUUGAAACAUUACAGACCUUUCUGCAUGUAGACAUAGAAAUAAAACCU